AUGAAUAUCGUGGAGGGGAACAGCCUUCUCGACCCAUCAUCACUUGAUGCUGUCGACUACGAUCCCAUAGACCACCUGAACGCCCUCUUUUCCCAUCCCUCCGCCGCCGUCACUUCCAUCGCCCGCGUCUCCUCCACCCUACAGACACACAAAGAUGAGCUCACGACCUCCAUCAACACCAGCGAGGCCUCGCAGGCCUGGCGGCCCGACUCGUCCCUCGAGCGCAUGCAGACGGCCCAGGCGGAGCUCGCCUCGCUGUUCCAGCGCAUCGAGGGCGUGCGCACCCGCGCCCAGCAGACCGAACGCGACAUCACCACCAUGACGGCCGAGAUCAAGCGCCUCGACGGCACCAAGCGCAACCUGACCCUCAGUAUGACCGCGCUCAAGCGCCUGCAGAUGCUGACCACCGCCUACGAGCAGCUGCGCGGGCUGGCCAGGACCCGCCAGUACCGCGAGUGUGCGGGGCUGCUGCUCGCCGUGCUGCAGCUCAUGAAGCACUUCAACAGCUACCGGAGCAUCGAGCAGAUCGCCGUGCUGAGCAGGAACGUCGCCGACCUGCAGAGGGAGCUGCUCGAGCAGGUCUGCGAGGACUUUGAGAUUGCCUUCGCCAAGGGCGAGAUUGCCGCGCGCCGUGGCACCUUGGUCGAGGCGUGCCUUGUCGCCGACGCCCUUGGUGACACCGCCAAGAGCAGGCUGAUCGCGUGGUAUGUCAACACUGAGCUGCGAGAGUACCGGCAGGUGUUCAGGGGCAACGACGAGGCGGGCAACCUGGACAACAUCGGCAGGCGGUAUGCCUGGUUCAAGCGCAUGCUCAAGACGCACGAAGAUGAACACGCCGUCAUCUUCCCGCCGCACUGGAGGGUGAACGAGAUGCUGGCCAUGUCCUUCUGCGACGGCACUAGAGAGGACUUCAAGGGCAUUCUCGAGAAGAGCAUGAGGCGGGCCGACGGCAACAAGAUCGACGUCAACCUGCUACUCAGCUGCCUGCAGGAGACGAUGGACUUCGAGCAGGGCCUGGAGAGGCGCUUCGGGAGUGAGCUACCGCGCGCGAGCAUCGACACGCUCAGCUCCUCGGAUGAUCGGACGCAGAACUUCCACGGGUCCAUCUCCGUAGCGUUCGAGCCGUAUCUGAGUCUCUGGGUCGAGUCGCAGGACAAGACCCUGGCGGCCAUGAUCCCCAAGUACAAGAAUGACCCUCUGAUCCCGGAAGAUGAGGAGUUCUCGACCAGUGCUGUCAUACCGUCGGCGAUCGAACUGUUCCAGUUCUACAAGAUCACCCUAUCUCAGUGUGCCAAGUUGUCGACGGGAGAGCGGUUGCACGACCUGGCCAAGAUCCUGGCCAAAUACCUGGAGGAGUAUGCCCAGCAAGUCCUGCUGGGAGUUCUCCAGCGGGGCGGCCCUCAGGGACCAGCACUGAAGGACACCGUUCUGGUUCUCAACACGGCGGACUUUUGGCACACCAACACCGUCCAGCUGGAGGACAACAUCAAGAAGCGCAUCGACCCGGAGCUUGCGGCCAAGAUCGACCUGUCGUCGCAGGCGGACGCGUUUCUAGGCGUCGCUAGCGCCUCUGUCCAGGCGCUGGUGCACAAAGUGGAGGCGGACUGCGAGGGAGCCUGGCGAGAGAUGAAGAACACGAACUGGCGGGACAUGGAGAGCGUGGGCGACACCAGCUCGUAUGUCAACGAGCUUCUGAAGCACAUCAACACCCAAGCCGAAGAGAUCCUCUCACUCAUCGUCAAACAACAAUACGCAAGGGCCUUCUGCGACAAGCUGGUCGACCGUCUGGCGGCGGUCUACAUCACGAAUAUCGUGCUAUGCCGUCCCAUCUCUGAAGGCGGUGCUGAGCAGAUGCUUCUCGACAAAUAUACCCUUGUCAAAGAUUUCGAGAAGCUCAUUUCAUUCCACAACUCAUCAUCCGCCUCCAACCCUCCAGCGUCUUAUGUCAAACGCGUCAACCAGAGCAUGACGCGCAUCGACCCACUUCUCAAGACCCUGCAGGUCAGGCCCUCACCCCCCGAGGGUCUCGUGCAGGCCUACCUGAUCCACAUUGGGGACCGCUCCGACAGCAACUUUAAGAAGAUUCUCGAACUCAAGGGUGUGCGCAAGCAGGAACACGCCCACCUGCUAGAGUUGUUCGCGAUCCAUCGGGACGGCGCUGGCGCUGACAAGCAGCUGGUCGACACCUCGCCCCUUCUUACGCCUCUCAUGAUGACCUCAGCGUCUGCUCUCGGCAGCGCGGGUCUCCCAGUCAUGAACUUACCUGGCGGCCCCGGCUCGGCUAGUCUGCAAGGUCGGUUUGAUGCGGCAUCGCUGGGCGAGAAGCUGCUCAGCGCCGCGCGUGAUGCGUCUGACCGUCUGGGUACCCCCACCACCGGAGGUCCCGCAGGUGCGCCAGGAGAGAAGGUCACGAUCAACGAGAAUCUGAAAAAUAUUGGCAAAUUCUUCAGGAGGGACAUUGGAGUGCGAUUUGGCAAGAGGGAUAUCACUCCUACCGGAGGUGGUGGUGACGACUCUCAGCGGGGGUAA